AUGAUCUGGAUUCUGUUUGUUUUCUUGUUUCUUGAUCAUGGUGUUUCGGCCACCGAUGAAUGUGUUCUCGAUAUCCGACUUUCUUCGAGCUGCGAAACCGCCAAUUGGGACGGGUUUUUUAGCAGCGAAUGUUGUGAAUCGGCCUUCGAAGAAUAUCUGUUUGCAUUAGCAAACCAUUCGAAUCAAACGGGGUCGGUUUUCUUGAAUUCCAGCCAACAAGAAAGUUGUCGGUCUUUGUUGGAAGGUAGCAACGGCAGAAAUCUUCUGAGCUGCGGUGUCGAGAAGCUAGCCAUGGGCUCAGGCGGCUGCUCAGACUUUUCGCUAAACGAUGUGGAUAACAAGCUUGAAAGCUCGUUAACUGGUUUGGAUCAAGAUUGUGAGUUUUCAGAAUCAAGAAACGGGUGUGGUUCUUGUUACGAAAGAUGGCGGAAGAUUGGUGCUUUGGCUAUGAAUGGUAGCGUGGAAGAGACGGAAAUUUGUCGAUUUGCCGUGCUUGUUUCGAUGGUGAGCCGAAAGAUUUCCGACCGCAAAUGGGUUCAGAGAGUUUACGAGUGUCUUGGCCAGCAUCAAAGAGUUGGAUUAGAUCAAUCCCAAAAUCUUGAAGACGAUCAUCAUGCACACAAGAAAAGGUUGAGCACAGGAAUAUGGAUUCUAAUAGCAGGUUUGGUCGGAAUCAUGAUUACAGUAAUCACGGCGUUGUGGUUUUGGUUUAGACGAUCGGCCAAAGAAAAGUUACCGGCCGGAAAAGAGGCGAUUUCCAUCAUAGAUUCACCGUUUCCGAUAGAUUCAAGCCGGAAGUUAACAAUUAAGGAAGUCUAUACUGCUACAGACAAUCUUAAAGCAUCCAACUUCAUCGGAGAAGGAAUCGCUGGAAAAGUGUACAAAGGCGUACUCGCGAACGGUCAGGAUGUUGCCAUCAAGCAUAUAGUGAACGAUGGAGAAAUGGAAACGUUCGUUAGAGAAAUCACAAACUUAUCUCGUGUACGACAUCCGAAUCUUGUACGAUUGCUCGAUCAUUGCGAGGGUGAAAACGAGUGUUUUCUUGUUUACGAGCUUUGUCAUUGGGGAAACCUCUCGGAAUGGUUGUUUAGUAAAGAUAAGAUUCUAACAUGGAUCCAACGGCUUCAAAUCGCCAUCGAUUGUGCCCGAGGACUAUGGUUUCUUCAUACAUACCCUGCCGGAUGCAUAGUUCAUCGUGAUAUCAAGCCGACGAACAUUCUCCUAAACAUGAACUUUCAAGCGAAGCUAGCCGAUUUUGGUUUGUCAAAAAUCAUCGACACGGGUCUAUCUCAUGUUAGCUCGGAAGUCCGAGGAACGUUUGGUUAUGUGGAUCCCGAAUACCAGAAAAAUAGUCGGGUUAAUCCAUCGGGUGAUGUUUACAGCUUCGGUAUAGUGCUUUUACAGCUUCUUUCGGGCCAACGCGUAAUCAAUAUCGACUUGCAACGGCCAAUGCCUCUUGGGAAGAUGGCAAGGACGCUAACGAGGGGUGGGAGUAUGACGGAGUUUGCCGAUCCAAAACUUAACGGGGAUUACUCGUUGAAGGCUUUCGAGUCUAUGAUCAACCUAGCACUUUCGUGUAUCGGGACAAAGCAACAACGACCAUUGGUCGAACAAGUGGUUGUAGGCCUCGAAAAGGCUCUCGAUAUGUCGAUACGAGAUCGAUCGGUUACACCGGCAUUUUCGUCAGACACAUUCUAG